GGAAGUGGUGAUCGACGUGACAUCAACCUGCCUCUGCCUUUGCCUGCCACCAAUCCAAUUCCACUCCAUCGUCAAGAAGAAAUUUCAAUGGUCAGACUGCACGCAGCAGAGAUAAACAACUAAUUUCUGGGCCGAGCCGAGGGGGAAUAUUCGGAAUUGGCGACAACCUUUGUCUGGUUGUUGCCUUGAGAGCCCUUCUCCUUCGCCACGUCAUUUCCCCGUUUUGAUUUGUUUCCGUUCGAGGGAAAACAACUCCUCCUUCCGGCAUCUUUUCUCUUCUGCGAAUUGGAUUGUUGUGGGGAUUGAAGUCAGUUCCUCCGAUUUAUUAUUCAGACUUGUGGUUGAGGAUUUAGUAAGAUUCUCUAAAUUGUGCGGCAUUCUUAAGGGGGGCUGAAAUUGAUGUUGGCAUUUAUUUUGAUUGAGGAGGGAACUGAAGGAUCCGAUCGAGAAGAACUUGCACAGUUUAUGUGAUGGAAAAUGGAAUGAGUAGCUCGAAAGAAAAGCAGGUCAUAGUUGACAUUGAGAGCGAUGAUCAGGGCUACGAAGCUCAAGGAAAUAGAGAAACAACAUCGAGGGGUAACAAACGGGGGAAGAGAUCAUUGGAGAAGCAUGCAAGUGGAGUUUUGAAUUACAAUGGGUCGUCCGGCUGCGACGGUGAGGCAAGUACCACCGCUGCUGCAAAUUCAGAGGACCUUCCUGGGGAAUCAUUUGAAAAUGCAUCUGAACCUAGCUUGGAGUUGCUACACGAUAGAGAUUUUGAAGAACAGCAGAGGUUGAUCGAAAAGGGACAAGAGAAAGAGCGGCGGAAGGCUGGAAAAGUUAAGAAAGCUGCUGCUGCCAAACCACCCCGGCCCCCUAAUGGUCCUACCUUGUAUGCUGCUGAUCUCUGGUUGAUUGAUGAGUUGUCCAGAAUGGCCAUGAUCAAGAAGCGAGAGAGGAGUGAACGGGCCAAAGCAUUGAAGACGAUGCAGAGCGGCAGGGGGUCAUCUACUUCAUCAACAUCGCUGUCAUCCGCACAAGGGGCCACCAUCUUUGCCAUGGUCAUCACAGUUGUUUUUCUGCUUGUGAUCAUCUUCCAAGGUAUUACGACCCGCCCCGGUUCAGGUUUAUCACCAGGCGCAGCACCUCAGCCAGCUCCGCAGACUCUGGCAGGGAUGCCGUCACCUCUUCAGUUUUACAAUUCUGUUUCAUCUGAUGACGAUGGUGCUGCCGCUCCUGCUCCUGCUCCUGCUCCUGCUCCAUCCAAGUUUGUGCCUCGGCUGGUUCUAACACUUGCAUUUGGUUUUGUUUACUGUUAUUGUGGUCGUGUCAUGCCAUAUUUGGGCAAUGUGAAUUCAUUUGGAUGCAGGUCGACAGGAAUAGCCAGAAAAUUUUGAUGCAGAGACAGACCAGUGCGAUGGCCAUCGUGUAAGUUGGUUGCUUUUGUGGUCGAAGCCGGACUGGACUGGAUGCAUUAAUUAAUUACUGUGUAAUUGGUGAGGGAUAUCUGCUGUGCUCUGUCCUGCCCGACUUAUCUACGCCUACUACUACUACUUGACACGACUCUUUCUUUAUUUAGUGAUAAAUAAUAAACAAACAAAUGUCACAAGGAGAAUUGAAUUGUGUGUAUAUAAUACUACCAGUAGUAGGUUUCCUCUUUGUAUACAAAUGGAUUUGACUUUUCGUUUCUUAUCAUUGCCAAAAGGCACACAUACACAUAACUAACAAUAAAAUGGCAAUGCUUGUGUGUGUU